GGCUCCCGCGCUCUGCUCGGCUUCUGCCUGCGCCUAUCCGCGAUGGAGAUUCAGCCUCGCGCGAACAAGAACCGUCCGGCGCAGCAGUCGACCAAGCGCGCCGUCUCCACGCUCCGCGUCGCGCCCGGCCUCAGCGCCUCUGCCGGCGCAGGCAAGUCGGGCCGCGACCCGCGGUUCGACGCGGUGAGCAAGGGGGCGGUGGACGAGCACGCGUGGCGGCAAAAGUACGGCUUUGUGUUUGACAAGCAGCGCGAGGAGGUGCGGCAGCUCAAGUCGACGCUCGCCUCCGCCAAGGCGGCGGCCAAGGCGCAGCACGCGGGCGCGCCCGGCGCCAAGCGGAAGCGGAGGAAGCGCGGCGCGUCGGCGGCGGCGCUCCCGCCGCACGAGGUGGAGGCGCUCAAGCUCGAGCUGAGCCGCAAGUCGAACCAGCUGAUGGCGCACGACCAGGCCGCCGAGCGGCAGCGGCUCAAGUCGGCGGUGCGCAAGAAGGAGGUGGUGGCGGUUGCGGCGGGCAAGCGGCCGUACUACAAAAAGGCGCGCGAGAUCCGGGAGGAGCAGCUCACCGAGCAGUUCCAGCAGCUGGAGAAGAGCGGCCGGCUCGACAACUACAUGGCGAAGAAGCGGAAGCAGCGCGCGAGCAAGCAGCGCAAGGCACUGCCCACGUACUCCGACUACACGACCUAGAGCUCCGCGCCGCCCCUGUGAUGUGUGGGCUGUGCGUGUGGUCUUUUUCGUGUGAGAGGGAGUGCUUGCCGGUAGUUUGCCUUCAACGGCUUCAUUCCGGAAAA